AGGUUCUCUUACAUCGACCGCCUAAGAGUCGCGCUGUAAGAAGCAACAACCUCUCCUCUUCGUCUCCGCCAUCAGCUCGGCAGUCGCGAAGCAGCAACCAUGCGUGAGUGCAUCUCCAUCCACGUUGGCCAGGCUGGUGUCCAGAUUGGCAAUGCCUGCUGGGAGCUCUACUGCCUGGAACACGGCAUCCAGCCCGAUGGCCAGAUGCCAAGUGACAAGACCAUUGGGGGAGGAGAUGAUUCCUUCAACACCUUCUUCAGUGAGACGGGUGCUGGCAAGCAUGUGCCCCGGGCAGUGUUUGUAGACUUGGAACCCACAGUCAUUGAUGAAGUUCGCACUGGCACCUACCGCCAGCUCUUCCACCCUGAGCAACUCAUCACAGGCAAGGAAGAUGCUGCCAAUAACUAUGCCCGAGGGCACUACACCAUUGGCAAGGAGAUCAUUGACCUCGUGUUGGACCGAAUUCGCAAGCUGGCCGACCAGUGCACGGGUCUCCAGGGCUUCUUGGUUUUCCACAGCUUUGGUGGGGGAACUGGUUCUGGGUUCACCUCCCUGCUCAUGGAACGUCUCUCAGUUGAUUAUGGCAAGAAGUCCAAGCUGGAGUUCUCCAUUUACCCGGCGCCCCAGGUUUCCACAGCUGUAGUUGAGCCCUACAACUCCAUCCUCACCACCCACACCACCCUGGAGCACUCUGAUUGUGCCUUCAUGGUAGACAAUGAGGCCAUCUAUGACAUCUGUCGUAGAAACCUUGAUAUUGAGCGUCCAACCUAUACUAACCUGAAUAGGUUAAUAGGUCAAAUUGUGUCCUCCAUCACUGCUUCCCUGAGAUUUGAUGGAGCCCUGAAUGUUGACCUGACAGAAUUCCAGACCAACCUGGUGCCCUAUCCCCGCAUCCACUUCCCUCUGGCCACAUAUGCCCCUGUCAUCUCUGCCGAGAAAGCCUACCAUGAACAGCUUUCUGUAGCAGAGAUCACCAAUGCUUGCUUUGAGCCAGCCAACCAGAUGGUGAAAUGUGACCCUCGCCAUGGUAAAUACAUGGCUUGCUGCCUGUUGUACCGUGGUGACGUGGUUCCCAAAGAUGUCAAUGCUGCCAUUGCCACCAUCAAGACCAAGCGUACCAUCCAGUUUGUGGAUUGGUGCCCCACUGGCUUCAAGGUUGGCAUCAACUACCAGCCUCCCACUGUGGUGCCUGGUGGAGACCUGGCCAAGGUACAGAGAGCUGUGUGCAUGCUGAGCAACACCACAGCCAUUGCUGAGGCCUGGGCUCGCCUGGACCACAAGUUUGACCUGAUGUAUGCCAAGCGUGCCUUUGUUCACUGGUACGUGGGUGAGGGGAUGGAGGAAGGCGAGUUUUCAGAGGCCCGUGAGGACAUGGCUGCCCUUGAGAAGGAUUAUGAGGAGGUUGGUGUGGAUUCUGUUGAAGGAGAGGGUGAGGAAGAAGGAGAGGAAUACUAAAGUUAAAAUGUCACAAAGGUGCUGCUUUUACAGGGAAGCUUAUUCUGUUUUAAACAUUGAAAAGUUGUGGUCUGAUCAGUUAAUUUGUAUGUAGCAGUGUAUGCUCUCAUAUACAAUUACUGACCUAUGCUUUAAAACAUGAAUGCUUUGUUACAGACCCAAGCUGUCCAUUUCUGUCAUGGGUUUUGAAUAAAGUAUUCCCUGUCUUAAA